ACGGGGGAGCCAGAGGAGGGCUGAAUUCUGCAGCUUGUGCUUUUGAUAGAAUGAGGGAGUGGAGGGUGAUUUGGGGAGUGAGCGAGUGCAUGACAUUCUUAGUGCAUCUGGGCAAAAUAAGCAGUCAGCGAGUGAGCAGAAAGAGAACAGAAAGAGGAAGGAGAUCAGUGAAAGAGAGCACAGGAAAGAACGACAGAAUUUAUUAUUGGAGUAAAAAAAAACGGGAAGGAAAGGAAAGGAAAGAAAAGCAAGUAAGAGGCAGAGGAAAAUGAAGAGAGAGCAUCCAACCAGGAUCGUAGUCUUGGCUUGCUGUGAAGUGUCGGGAAGGAUGGAGGGAGGAAUGGAAGGAAGGUGGAUGAGAUUAAGCAACGGAGAACGAGAAACCAAACCGUAACGGCAAGAGUGACGACCGACUGUGGAAAAGAAGCAGCAAAACUAGGAAGAGAGACAACAAUUAAUCAUAUCUUGGACCUGCAAACGCAAGAAUCGCUCGCUAGCGUCCCCAGAAGUGGGCACAGAAGCGUGUGAAUGUGGGAGAAUCAGGUGGUGUGGUGGGACAGCUAGGAUCCCUUCUGGAUGAGUGACACUCUCACACACACCCUCCCACACACAAACACGAGUUCCCUCAUGGAGGAUCCAAUGCAGCUGCGAGAUCCAAGCGCUUCUGAGGAUAAGAAGAUGGAUCCUGUUCAGAAGGCAGUGAUCAACCACACCUUUGGAGUCCCACUGUUGAAGACCAAACGGCCAAUCAUUUCCUGUAAUGUCUGCCAGAUCCGUUUUAACUCGGAGAGUCAGGCAGAAGCCCAUUACAAGGGGAACCGUCAUGCUAGGAGAGUCAAAGGCAUUGAGACCUCCAAGAGCCGCCCACAAGAGAGUGACAAACCUCCUCCCGGGCCUGUCUCAUCCCCCUCACCAACGGGACCCUUACCGGCAAUCUCAGAUACUGACCCCAGCAAAACAGAUGAGACGUGGCCAGUGCCACAGUUAAAUGGACCCGCGGUGGCCCCAGGGUCCGCGGCCAUUUCUGCUCCCCCUACCCCAGAAUCCCCCGGUCCUUCCACCUGUCCUCUUCUGCCCACCCCCACUACCCCUCAACUACCUCCAGCCACCUCCUCAUCUCCCGGCUGUGGCUCUUCUAACCCAGAGCAGGCUGGCACCGGGGCCCCUGGGGCGCCAUCAGUCACCCCAAGCAACCCUGAGACCGAAGAGGACAAAGCCAAGAAGCUGCUUUACUGCUCACUGUGCAAAGUGGCCGUCAAUUCACUCUCCCAGUUGGAGGCCCACAAUAAAGGCACUAAACACAAAACCAUUCUGGAAGCCCGCAGCGGACUGGGCCCCAUUAAGGCAUACCCUCGUUUGGGUCCGAAGCCCAGCGGGGAGCAGGAAGGCGGGGCCACAGACCCCAAUACUCAGGAACGCACCUUCCACUGUGAGAUCUGCAACGUGCGGGUCAACUCAGAACUGCAGCUCAAACAGCACAUAUCAAGUCGAAGGCACCGGGACGGAGUGGCAGGAAAGCCAAACCCCCUCCUGAGCCGACACAAGAAGCACAGGGGAGCUGACCUUGCGGAUCUCACCAAAGCAUUAGGCGCCGGCCUCCUGCCGAGUCCUCUGGCCGUUGCUGCGGCAAUGGCAGCGGCGGCCUCCUCCAAUCCGCUCGCUCUUCGCGCAGCAUCCUCCGCCCCCCAUCCGCAUCAUCACCUCCUUCAGGGUCCGCCCCUCAGCCACGCCAUCUUGAGACCAGCUCCGGGGCCCAUACGCACCUCACACGGGCCGAUCCUGUUCUCGCCAUACUGACUCCGCCCUCACCCGCCCUUAGCCAAUCACAGCCAGUCCGGAGCCUCACCUCCAAAAGCACACUGUGAAGACGAAAAAAUAGUGAAACACCACAGCAAUGAGAAGAAUCGGCCCAUCAACAACAACGUCAAUCAUCAAACCAAGCAGAAGGGGGCACAGCCACGAAGGAGGGUGCGACUGGCAUUCCAACCCUCUUUCCAUCACCCUUAACCGCCUCCUUCAUCUCCGUUUGUUCAGAUCAAGUGAUUUAUUCGUUGGUGGAUGAAUGAACGAAUGCAGGGAUUGUUGGAAUAGAGCAAUAUCGUAUGCAGAGUCCAUCUGACAUCCUUGUUCCUUCCCUCUAUUUAUACUCAUACUGUGAGGUAGCAGCAGUCACAUGGUAGCCAUACAUGCUGGAAUCAGUUUCUAGACACCCCAAAACACACAAAGACUACAGUUAAAUGUUGUUCGGAAUAAAUGCACCCUCAACCCUAUGCACCUUGAGAAACCUACAGAAACCAUCAGUACGCUUCUCGUAGCAUUCGCUGUAUUCAACUUGUCCUGUCUGGCUUUGGCAUCUUUGCAAGAGGAAAACGCCCCAAUCUCCGUCGCAGUUCCACCACGUCAAGACUCCGAGCAGGGGAUUGUGGGGAAGGUCUUUCCCAAUUCUGGCUUGAAUUGAGAAGCUUAUCAUGGCGCCCGACUUCAUACAGUCGCAUCUCGCUAGGGAAACAGAGGGAUUCAGAAGAGACACUCGAGAUUUCUUUUGUGUCGCUUUUGCAUCCGUUUGCACUAGGAGCGGUUGACUGAAAAACCCCAGACCCCUGUCUUAGAUCUUAGAAAAUCAGUAGACGUCUAUUUAUUCUAUUGUGUAGCGUAGUUUAGUUCAGAACAUCCAAGCUGGUUGACUUUAGAAAUAUUCCGAAGUGAAUUAUGUACGUAGAUAAGAUGGAUGGGUACUUUGAUUCUCAGAGAAAGGCAACAAACCUAAGCACACACUUGGACUUACAGUACAUACAGGCUCCUCUGUUCAUUCUGUCUCUGUAUGUUCAGUGGACAUUAUGCAACCCCAAGCAAUACGGCCCCCCUUCUAUCCGACUUCCGCGUUCAGUCUCACGAGACAGCCUGCAUCCCGCAAGGACUGACAUAACAGGACAGCCACUCCAGCGGAUGCCCAUGAGAAAAAUUAACAGAGAGAAGAUGCAGAGGAGGUCACAGAGGACCCGACUGUGCAAUCUCCCCUUUUUUUGGUAUGAACUUCCUGUCUUGAAUCUAAAGCCAUGCAAUGCAUAUUAUUUUUGUUCUUUUAUCAUGAUCAAUGAAUUGUUUUGAUGUUGUUGUUUUUUUGGUUCAUUUUCAUAGCACACUGAUACGUUGAAACAGGAAUAUUUUUCUAUGGAAGACUGAAAACCUGCACUCGGGUGGGAUCUACAUGUAGAAAUCGUGUUUGGAGGAAGUAAAGUAACAUAAGCAUAAACAUCAAACUAGGGCCUGUCGUGUUGGUGGAGAUACGCGACAGUUCACUGAUAAGCAAAGUGCGACAAUGUCUUACUGUUGUUUAGAUAUUGCAAUGCAAUAAGCAAUUGUCAUUUGUUGUAGAAGAGAAUUUAUAAAUGGUACGGCUGCUAAAAGGCCUCCACGUUCUUCCACAGAGAUAAACUAGCCUUUUUAGGACAAAAGCUGGGCGUUUAAAGCAAGAAAGGGGCACCCACAGGGACGGGCCCUUCAUAUUAAAGGGUCUUUUCUCAUCUCUGAGUGGGGGACAGGGUAUAUCUGAACGCAAACAAUGUGUAGUCAGCCAUAGCCUAUGCGUAUGUAGCUUAGUUCACUUUUUUGUUUGUUCGUGGCAUUGUUUGCGUUGUGUGGGAAACGUCAUGAUAAUGCCAUUACGUCAUGCUAAUUGCGGUUAGCGUCCACCAUUGUGCUUUGAUGGAACGUUACCUCCAUUUCUCAUUAGUUACUGAGGCACUAUUAUGGGUGCUGUAGUUUCACGUCGGUGUGUAUCGUGUAGUGUUUGUUGUGUGCGUACGGAUAGAAUCCGGUUCUGGGAAACCUGACAGAAUCUGGUUUAAGGGAUAGUUCACCGAAAAAUUAAACUUUUGUUGUCAUUUACUCACCCUCAUGUCGUUUCAGACCUUUUUCAACAGGACAAAGGAGGAGAUAUUUAUGAAAAAUUACAGUAAAAUGACAGUUUUUUAGUGACCAGGGUAUCGAGCUCCAAAAAAAGCACCACAGUGUCAAAAAGAUCUUUGACUCUUGUGUGAAUUCUUUUGAAGAAAUAAUUAUUUAAAUCAUACUUGCAAACUCGCCGUUCUGACAUUGAAAUUCACAUCAUUAGUGCAAAUUAUUUUUGGUGAGAAGCGCCACCUACUGUCAGAGUGUGAAUUUGCAUUUUUAUUCAGCCCAUCUGCUGUUUUUUUUCGUAAUCAACUUUUGUCAUCAUCGUUCAAUGUCAUAUCAUAUCAUUUAAACUAUGACAUUUUUUUACAGUCACUUUACAGGAUGUUUAGGAUGUUACCAAAGCAAUA